CUAAUUUUUGCUUCUGAUUGUGAUUUUAACUACUUAUCAUUUUAUGCGUGCAGUGUGGAUCUUUAUAACAAUAAAAGAUGAAAAUAAAAGAGAGCUUUAAAAGAAAUUAUGAUUCAUCGCAAAAUAAUAUUUAAUCAUAAUAUAAAAACUAAUUGUUUCCAGCCUAUGUUACGAUUAAAGUUGCAGAGUUCUUAUUUUCUCGUUUUCAAAAGUACAGAUUGGAAGAACGCCAUUAGGCUGCAAGAGACUGUUUUCGGGCGCGUCAAGCCAUUUAGUUAUUUGUUGAACAAAAAGAGCGAAGAACGGUUGAAAUGUCAUCAAGUUUUACUCAUAUGAUGAAAACUAAUCCAAACAUAGGCGCUGUAUUCGUUCUUCGGAGGGAUGGAAGUAUCCUUUUUUUGAUUGUAGCUGCUCUUGUUCAAAGUUGGUCAUAUUCGGGAGAAUGCACAUUUGAGACGCCCUUCCGGGCCUUGAAACUCGAUCAAAAAUUCACGCUUGACUUCGGACCAGGAACUGGAGAUCAAUUUGUGAAAAAAAUGGAUUCUCACAAGUUUUCUGACACAUUCUAUAUCCCAGUGUUUAAACUUGGACUCUUUGAUGUUAACCAAAUUCAGUUUGAGCACCAAGGACAACUUAAGCUGACCAACGACUACGGCGAUGAACAGUGGAUUUAUCUCAUUAACAAUGGCGUGACUACCAUCGAUCUAUUAAUGGACAGAUUGUGUCUAAGCUUCACACACUACUAUAACACCGACCCUGCUGGGGGAAAGCACUACGACACCGAAAGACUAUGUGAGUUUUGGUUCUACAGUUCCUGCGAUACGUCGACCACAUUUCGACCCUCAAUUGAGGAUGAAAUUGGUAAUUACGACACUCUAGCAUGCGCAAUCUGGUGGUACCAGCAGACCUUCAAAAAGUACCAAAUUGACCUCUACAUCGACGAAGAAAUCACCAAGAAGCUCUUAGGAGAAGACACUCGCUAUCCAAACCUGGCUCACAGCCUCUUUUUCCGAAAUCUGACUCGAGCAGCUGACCUGGAUCUAGUCAAUGCACGUCUCGGAGGAAAGUUCAAGGCCGAGUCUGGUUUCGUCGCCACGUAUUACAAAGUUCCAAACAACAAGUACGCCUAUUACAAGCAGUACAAUAGCAUCCAGUUCAUUCUGGCGUGCCACGGAACCCUGGACGGAGACGCAGAAACUGAACAAUGCUUUGCAAUUGUCCAGUACAGUGAAAGAUCAGUGGAGAGCUCAUUCUUCUUUUUUAGGAUCGAUGACGGCGCUGGGAGCAAAUAUGAUGUCACUGGACCAUUCAAAAAUAUGCGGAAUUCUGAUUCCAUGGACAAAACUAGCAAUGUUGGAGAUCCUGGCUUCUGGAUUUAUGAAGUGAAGCAGGAUUUGUCCAAACCAGCAAUCCGAGGACCCCCUAAGGAAAUUGCUACUUUCUGUGGCAAUGGUGGUGAGGCUAUCCCGUCAGUCAUCCCCAUGUAUAUGGGUCCAGGGAAGGGGCUUCGGCUGACGCCCUGCUUGGAAACUCUUUUUCCAAUGGAGGUUUCCUUGAGACUUGUCGGAAAGUCGUUUGAAAAAAUGAUCAACGCCACUGUCGAAGAGGAUGAUUUUCGCUACAUCAAAGCGGAUGUACCGGAACUCUGGGGCUCAAAUGAAGCAGUGUCGGUUCAUGUCAUUUCCAAUGGCGACGACAUUCAGACGCCGAUUGAACUGUACUUUUCAGGAGAACAGUUCGAUAGCAACAAGCUCUAUAUAACGGAAACUUCAUCAGAAAAGAGUGAACUGCGAGUUGAGUGGCCUAAAGUGACCUUGACUGGGGAAACAGAUCUCGAAAUUCGAGAAUACAGUUUCAGUGCAACUACGGGCUACGAAUACCUGUCAGACGAUACUGUGACGCUGCAACCUGAAAACAGUUUUUUCAACUACGCCUUCGGAGAAAACGACGCCGUUCUUUUUCUGCUGAAAACAGAACAAGGUACUCAUUAUCACAUUGUACCCAAAAAGCAUCAAAUCAGCUGCGAAGACUGGAUAGCCAGAGAACUUGAGAAAGACACCUCGAACUGCAAAGCCAGACUGUCUGCAGACCUUCCUUGUCCUUCGAACUCUGCCGCGCGUGACCCUGACCUCACAGACGCUUCCUGGGCUCAUGAAGAGGUUGCCAAUGGUCCCAAUUUGUGGUUCUAUGACCCCUGUUGCAACCAGCAAGAAGCUUAUGGAGCCUCAGAAAACGAACUCUGCGAUGCGAAUCAGUGCGCGUUCAACGAAGGAGCUGACUUUUGCAUAAGGUCUGCGUUAGUUUCAUGUACCGACCUUUCCGAUGGUAGAAUUGAUUAUGUCUCAAACCAGUGUUGUUACAAUUUUGAUGGAUCUCUGAUUGUCGAUGUCGAUGACGGCGCAGGAAGAAUUAGCUACCAGAGCGCAUCUCCUCAAAAUCUGCAUCAAUUGUAUAUUGACGAGCUGGAAUUACAACAACAAUGCUGUUCGAAUCAAUUGUUGUGCAGAAAGUUUCUGGAAAUUCGACCGACUGUCAUUGGAUCUUACACCGGAAGUUUGACAGUGUCUGUCAAAUUUGGAGGACAUUUCACUACAGUUGACGGUCUUGAGCAUGCGUUCUUGGGUCUGGGGGUUUAUACUUUGCUGGAAACCUUCGACAGUGUUCAAACGGAAGUCCAGAUCAGCACUCGACCUUACGGUGCGGGUUCUGUGAUUUCGGGAUUUGCUAUCAUUCGCGGGGAAACUUUGGUUGAAUUUUACAAACAAGUUAACGGCGAGUAUCCUUACAAUUUUGUUUUUAUCAAUAAAAAAGAAGUGUCAAGUUCUCUCAACGACAUCGGCUAUGUGAAGGCAACGGGGAUCGAACGUCAAGGCGUGCGCUUCGAGAUGCUCGGAGACUCUGAUUCUCACUUCAGGGUUACAAUUCCGGACUGUGGUCUCAUUUUGAACGUGGUUGUCAUGGGACCCUACAUCAACCUUUUUGUAACUAUUCCACACGAGUUCAGAGGAAAUUUGAAGGGGUUGUUAGGGCGGUUUGAUGGGCACUGGUUCAAUGAUUUUGAGCCCAGAGGAGUUUCGAAAAUCAUCUCAGUGGAUUCCGAUCUUUCCAAGCUGCAUUGGAGCUUCGGGGAGACUUGGCUAGUGGAUCACCGCCGAUGGCUUUUCCGUUCCACCCUUGCAGAUCAGAUUAAAUGGGAAAACGAGGGUGCAUAUAUAGACACCUCAGUGUAUACUGUGACCGAAGAAAUGGAAUCUACCUACGACAGCGCGUGCGAAUCUGACGCUGCGUGUAUAAUGGACAUGGUGCUCAGUGGAGGCAACGAGAACAUACCGACUUACUACAAGGACAUUCGGAGUGUCAGGGGAGCAGAGACGGGUUGUUUUACCGAUUUGUACAGAAAUGUGACGGCAGCAGGUGUGAAAAAAUUGUCCGCUGCUUGGUUACUUGCAGUAGUGGCGCUGAUUAAUUUCAUCACUCGCGUGAUCGUAUGCAUCUUGCAUGCUUAUAAAAAACAUGAUAAUCAAUAUGGAUACAGUUGACCCAUGACACAUUCAGUGCUUAACACUGCUGGGAAAAAGGAUUUAAUUUUUCUAUUUGGAGGAAAAAGUACAGAUUGUGAUUAGAAAAAGCGUUGAACACAAUCUUUUAACUUCAAUCGAGACAUGCUCAAAAUGUCUUAAUUUAAUCCGUCAUUUGGCACGGUUUACAAUUAUUCUAAUGCUGCAUAUGUAUGUUUGUUAUCUCAUUAACAAAACAUGUUUUAUCACUUUUUUCAAAAUAUAGCAAAGUAAUAAUAUCUGCUUACAACAAAAAAGAAUAUAUAUUUUGAAUCAUUGCCGUUUCCAUAAAUUUCAUCUAGUGAUUAGCUUAAGUAG